CGGGGCGACAGGCAUCGGGCCCCCAGGCGGGGCGACAGGCAUCGGGCCCCCAGGCGGAGCGACAGGUCUCGGGCCCUCAGGCGGAGCGGCGGGCGCCGGACCCCCAGAUGGAGUGACAGGUCUCGGGCCCCCAGGCGGAGCGACAGGUCUCGGGCCCUCAGGCGGAGCGGCGGGCGCCGGACCCCCAGAUGGAGCGACAGGUCUUGGGCCCCCAGGCGGAGCGGCGGGCGCCGGACCCCCAAGGCGGAGCGACAGGUCUCGGGCCCCCAGGCGGAGCGACAGGUCUCGGGCCCUCAGGCGGAGCGGCGGGCGCCGGACCCCCAGAUGGAGCGACAGGUCUCG